CCUAACCACCAUUUUUCCCUCCAUUUCCUCUCUCUUUCUCUGUCUCUCAAUCCCCUCCAGGUAAGCUCCAUCCAAUUCUUUCAGUUUUCCAUUAUUUUUAUUUGCCUAAAACUCUUCCUAUUUUGUCACAAAAUUUAACUCCUGUUAACUUAUUACAAUUUCAAAGUUUGAUCGCCUAAAGAAGAAAAAAACAAAAACAGAAAAUAGUAUUGGGUUUUUGCUCUUUUUUUUUUUUUAUGUGGGGAUUAAAUGGGAAGAGGCGUAACAACGUUUCUGCUUAGAAUCUAUACAUCCAACAACAAUGUUUCUAGAGUUAAGUUUAUGUUAUCCAAUCGAUAUUUUCAUCCCUUUAGACAAUUUGAGAACUGGGUUUUGGAUAAGGACCCUUUUGUGCCAUCUUUUGAUGUGCCCAAACGAGAGUUUUCUACGAGUUUGAUUGGUUUAGUUGGUAAAUUUAGGAAUUCUGAAUGUGUUAGUGUUAAACCAUUUUCAUCUGUUGUUGAAAAUGGGGAUGAUGAUGGUGGGGAGGAUAGAGGAAUGCGUGGAUCAAGAAUGGAAGGAAUUAAAGAGGGGAGGAAUAUUGUGGAUUUUGUGAAAAGUAUUGAUUUUGAUGGUGUCAAUGAGAAUAAGGGUGAAGAUGGUGUUGGUUGUUUUAAUGAGAAUGGUAUGUAUGGUUCAGGAGAUGUUGAGUCAGAGCAUGGAAGUGAUAAAGAGAAUAAGGAUAUUGUGGAUUUUAUGAGAAGUAUUGAUUUUGAUUGUGUCAAUGAGAAUAGGGAUGAGGAUGGUGUUGAUGAUUUUAAUGAUAAUGGUCUGUGUGAUUCAACAACUGUUGAAUCUAAAUGUGAAAGUGAUGAUGUAGGUAAUGAUAGAACUGUGUGUGGUGAGCAUGUUGCAUUUUGUGAUCCUGUGAAAUUGUAUCAGGAGCUUCGUAAUUCUGAAAAAGGUAUGAAGCUAAAUCGGGCGGAUUGGGAGAUUCUGCAGGAAGUUUUCAAUUAUUUCAGUAAAUCAGGGUGGGCAGCCAAUCAGUCUCUUGCAAUUUACGUUGGCAGGUCAUUUUUUCCAACUGCUGCUCGUAAGUUUCGUAGCUUUUUCUUUAAGAAGUGUUCUGCUGUUGUUGUCAAGCACGUGAUAUCACUGGGUCCAUCUGAUGUUGCUGUUAAGUUUCUUUUCCCUAUAUUUGUGGAGUUCUGUAUUGAAGAAUUUCCCAAUGAUAUCAAGCGGUUUCGAAGUAUGAUUCAAUCAGCAGAUCUUACAAAGCCACAUACAUGGUUUCCCUUUGCACGGGCAAUGAAGCGUAAGAUUAUUUAUCAUUGUGGUCCAACAAAUAGUGGCAAGACAUACAAUGCUUUGCAGCGGUUUAUGGAAGCAAAGAAGGGUAUUUAUUGCAGUCCACUUAGGCUUUUGGCUAUGGAAGUUUUUGACAAAGUGAAUGCACAAGGAGUUUACUGUAGUCUCCACACAGGGCAAGAAAAGAAAUAUGUCCCAUUUUCGAAUCACGUUGCCUGUACUGUUGAAAUGGUAUCAACAGAUGAAUUGUAUGAUGUAGCUGUGAUUGACGAAAUCCAGAUGAUGUCGGACCCAUAUAGAGGUUAUGCAUGGACACGGGCAUUGCUUGGAUUGAAAGCUGAUGAGAUACAUUUGUGUGGAGAUCCAAGUGUUCUGAGUAUUGUCAGAAAGAUCUGUUCAGAUACUGGAGAUGAGUUGCAUGAAAAUCAUUAUGACCGGUUCAAACCAUUAGUGGUUGAAGCCAAGACUCUACUGGGAGACCUUCAAAAUGUUCGAUCUGGUGAUUGUGUUGUUGCUUUCUCAAGGAGAGAGAUAUUUGAGGUGAAAAUGGCUAUUGAGAAACACACAAGUCACCGCUGCUGUGUUAUUUAUGGUGCCCUACCACCGGAGACUCGCAGACAGCAAGCUAACUUGUUUAAUGAUCAAGAUAAUGAAUUUGAUGUGCUUGUUGCCAGUGAUGCUGUGGGAAUGGGAUUGAAUCUUAAUAUUAGGAGGGUUGUCUUUUAUAGUCUUUCAAAAUACAAUGGGGACAAGAUUGUUGCAGUCCCAGCAUCACAGGUUAAGCAAAUUGCUGGAAGAGCUGGCCGCAGAGGAAGCCGUUAUCCAGAUGGACUGACAACAACCUUGCAUUUAGAUGAUCUGGAUUAUCUAAUUGAGUGUUUAAAGCAACCCUUUGAAGAAGUUAAGAAAGUGGGCCUCUUUCCUUUUUUUGAGCAGGUUGAAUUGUUUGCUGGGCAACUCCCUAAUAUUACUUUUUGCCAGUUGCUUGAAAAAUUUGGUGAAAAUUGCCGUUUGGAUGGGUCAUACUUUUUGUGCCGACAUGAUCAUAUUAAGAAGGUAGCCAAUAUGUUGGAAAAGGUCCAGGGACUAUCUCUAGAAGAUCGGUUCAACUUUUGUUUUGCUCCAGUCAAUGUUAGAGACCCGAAAGCAAUGUAUCAUCUCCUUCGGUUUGCUUCAGCUUACAGUCAAAAUGUCCCUGUUAACAUAGCAAUGGGCAUUCCAAAAGGUUCUGCUAAAAAUGAUGCCGAACUUCUGGAUCUUGAGACUAAACACCAAGUUUUAUCCAUGUAUCUAUGGUUAUCUCAUCAUUUCAAGGAGGAAACCUUUCCAUACGUGAGGAAAGCAGAAGAAAUGGCUAUUGAUGUUGCUGAUUUGUUGGGUCAGUCUCUUGUCAAUGCAUGCUGGAAACCAGAAUCAAGACAGGCAAAGAAACCUAAGCCUCAAGAGAAGGAAGAAGGAUAUCAGAGACCAAGGUCACUGAUCAAGUUACAUGAGAAGAAAAGGCAGAUAAAUCCUUGCUAGCAGACAAUUUGCAGAAAGUAGCAGUGUAAUCAUAUUGUAGUUGUAGUUACCUAAUAUAUUAGUAAUCAACACGCCUAAUGUUUUAGCAUUUGCUGUAUCUUUUCUUAUUCUACUUUGCAUUGGAAGAAGGUAAGACAAAAGCAAAGAAAGAUUGGAGAAGGGUGGGGGAAAGUCAAUCUCUGUCAAUGUCUUUUUAAACUUUUUUGGACCUCGGUUAAAACCAGGCAUAAAGGAACAUUCUUUGUGCUAGUUCUAUAAAUGCCCCGCCUUCUUUGGCAUUGUUGUGAUAUGAAAAACACAUGUAUAUCAUGGGGGAAAAAAUGUUGGUAAUUCCCCAGAAUCAAAGGGAAAGCUCUGAUAGUGAUACCAGAUUGUGAAAGUAAAAUUUGAUCGCAAGCAAAGCCAUGAAAAAGCUAUUAUGUACAAAAGAGUUAUUGGCUAGUGUCAAAAGGCUUGAAUGAUGGAUGUUCUUUAUUUAGGGGUUCAUCAGUUUGUUGGGCCUAUUUGUAUUAUUGGCUUUGGGGUUAAACUCUCUAACAAUCUGAAACAGACACCUAUCAUCUAUCCUCCUCGUGUUAGCUAAUCUCUG